AUGCACGCCUCCCUGUUGCGAGCCGCUCUCGAGGAGACGGCGUGCAGCCUGCAGUGGCAGCCUUUUGCCUCGCUCCGCGGCGCAGAGGGUCGCUACACGGUGAACACAACGUCCGGCUUCAUCCCGGACGGCUCCGAGAUCGACCUAGUGCCCGAGAACCGCCACCUCUUUCGGGGCAGCACGCCGGCGCCACGGUCUGACGCGGAGGCGCUCGCACGGCGCGCGAGCGUGCUUCCUCGCGGCGAGCUGCUAGCCGGCGUGUGCACGAGCGCUGCCGCGCCCGAUCCGGAGCAGGCCGACGACAGCUUUGCGUUUGGAGUGCACGGAGUAGACGGGCGUCCGUCAGGGCCCGGGCCAGACGCUUCGCUCGCCAUCGGCAGUGCGGGCGGGGAGAGCGACACCGGCGGCGGCGGCGGCGAGUGGCACACAGUCCGUGUCGGGCCGAUGGAGUCGACCGGAGGGUUCGACUUUUGGUUCCUGGGGUGGGACGACUUUGCGGGGCUCAGUGAGCCGAUCGCAGCACACGGCGCCGUCUGCGCCACGGGCGCGCUCAUCACCCUGGUGGACGAGGCCGGGCGCCCGAUCGGCCAGCCGCCGCUGCACAUCCACCAUGCCUUUCUCAACCUCGAGAGCAGCGGCAGCCGGCACCACACCACCGACACGCGCGCCUGCCUCCUGCUCGGCCGGCGCUGCCCUGGAGGGGCGGCGAUGUUUGCUGGUGCGGCCGACUUCGAGCAGCUGCAGCGCGUCUUCUCGAUGCGCCUCACCGUGGAGGAGCCUCUGAACGCGCGCGCCAUGGUCAAUGACGCCCGGCCGCGCGGGUCGGCGCCAAUGCGGUGGUACGUCCAGCUGUCGCUACGCACGUCCGCCGGCCGCUGCGAGGACGCGCACUCCGUCGUGUCGGUCUUCCACCCCGGGCUGCUCUCCAAGUUCACCACGCUGCAGGUGCCCGCCACCGAGGACUCCUUCUACUACUACACCUUCCGCCUCCCGUUUUCGGGCUCGCUGCUGCCCCCCGGCAGGGAGCGCGAGGCGCCGUCGAUGCUGCACACGCACCCGGCCUUUCUUCAGCGUGUCUUCCUUCUCAACGGCACCCCGUCGCAGCUCGCCCUCCCCGCGCUACCCCCGUUUUGCUCGUGGCUCGGAAUC